CGUUGCCUGCAGGGUCGCACCCCGCACCCCACAGGCACAGCUGUGGGGUCACGCAGAGCAGCCCCCAUGGGGGGCAGAAUGCGUCCGGGGCUGGCGUGGGGCUCAGGACCAUCUCCAGCAGCGAUGCUGUGAUAGCUGCCGGUGGCGGCCACCUCCAGGACACCAAUGUCCGUCCGCUCCAGGGUCACCUGGGGAUGCGCCCCCUCGAUAAACCACUCGCUGGGCUCAGCAUCCCCAGCCGAGCCCCCGGCCCUGGCGUUCAGCUCCCACGCCCCCCCAACCAGGCUGGGUGGCGGUGCCAUCCCCACGGCGGGGUGACCGGUGCCCUGUCCCCGAGCCAGCCGGUGCCCGGUGGCCGUUCCCACGCGGCGCUGCGUGGCCAUACCAUGCCGGAUGGGGAUGGGGAGCGCUCGGUGUGGCCGGGAAGGAGGCGUUUCCCAGCCCCACGCUGGCCCGGGGCCAGGCUCCGAAAUGAGCCGCCUUGCACCACACCGUGCGCAGGGAGCUCCCACUCACACCUCCCUGGUAUAAAACCCCGGUGCACCGCAGCCCGCUCAUACCCGGGACAGCCCUCGGAGCAGGUAAGUGGCCUGGCCGCCUCCACGGGGAGGGGGUCCCCGUGCCUGGGGGUCCCACCACCCCCGCUUCGCUCCCACGCUUGGCUUUGCCACGACUUGCUGCUGGAGCAGGGACGCUCCCAUCUCCGGGACAUGUCCCGGCAGCUCAGCGCAUCCCAGGGCGCCUUCCUCGCCCCGACACAGAAGGAGGGGAAACCCCCCCCUAAAAAAGCAAGAGCUGAUCCCGACUUUCUCCCCCCCACCCCCACCAGCUCCCCAAGAUCCCGUCGGAGCAGACAGCCCCAGCGAGGGACCCUCAGACCCCGUGAGGAGCAGCAUGGGCCAGUGCAACUGCCGCAAGAAGCGCAAGGACUGCCAGGAGCUCACCGACGUGGAGCAGGCCAUCGAGACCGUCAUCAACCAGUUCCACUGCUACGCGGUGAAGGGGCAGAAGGAGUACCUGACCCCCAACGAGAUGCGGGAGCUGGUGGUGCAGAAGCUGCCCCACUUGGGGAAGUGCGUCGGACCGCUGGAUGAGAAGAUCGAGUGCAUGGGGGACCCUGACGAGGCCAAGCUGGAGUUCGGAGAGUACUGGGACAUGAUGGGGGACGCGGCCAAGGGCUGCCGGAGGAAGUAGAGGGCAUCGGGGGACAAGAAGGCGCCCGAGGCCUCGGGCUCUGCACCGCGACCAGGUCCCGGCGGCUGCGUGGUUGCAGGUCCCCCGGCCCCGGAGCGUCGCAGCGAGAGGGACUUUGCUCCUUUCCCCCCCUCCUACCCCCCAAAUCCCUUCGAUGUGGGGGCUCCGGGCCAGCCCCGAUGUCGCCGUUGGUGGCCUGGGCAUAGUUUCUGCUCCCACCCUCCUGGACCGGGGGCACGAUGCCUGCGCUGCUCAGUUUUUGGGGUGCUGCGCCUGCGCGAGGCCCCCCACCUGCCCCCGGCUGACAGCCGGGCUCGGGGCUGAGCUGGUGGCGGGUUGUUAUCAGCUUGCGUCACUUGCAACCAUUUUUGUAUAAAUUAAUAAAGGAAAAAUGGAAAAAAAAAAACAAACAACAAACACA